AGUCCAUUUUCGUUACUUUUUAGUAUCUUCUCGCAACAUACGAACGGAACGUGUCUAUGGAGGUUGUAAAUGCUCGGUCGGCCCUAUUGUCAAACUUUGAGGUCUUGAGCCUCCUUCGCGAGCUAGAUGCGGAGCACAUCGCCCGCACAAAAACUGCCAUCCGAGUCAAAAAAGAAGAGGCUGCGGGAAAGAACUCGCAUGAGGCCCAAACUGAAGAGAUAAGCGAAAACCUUCGCACAGUCGAACUGGAAGCUAUUCAAUAUCUAUCUGCCGAUUACCAGCCGACUCUUUACCAAUCAGACGCGGGCAUCACGGAGCUUGUUCGUGGUCUUGAGCCGUUUAGAUUGUCAAAAUCAGAAAAGCUUCAGAUAGUUAACCUGGCUCCGACUGAGCCAGUCGAGCUAUAUGUUAUCGUCGAGGAAUUCGAAGAUCGAUUAGGGAACCAAAUGGAUGACCUUCUUGCUGUAGUAACCAAGUCGUUACAUGAAAGGGCUCCUCAGCCUCCGAAUGGGACUAUGGCUGUACUCGAAGACAAACGAACGCGCAAUGAAGUUGCAGUGGAGGUCUAUGAAGAAGCAGAUCAAGAGACUUGGGAAUAUGAUGCAAACGCAAUGGAGUUUGAUGACAUGGGAGAGGGAGCAGGGGUCGAGGGCGACCUUGAUGUUGAUGAUGACUAAGGAUGCUGUGAGUCAAGGGAUGCACGUACAUGCAAACUGCAAGAGCCCAUAGGGCAUCCUGCCGCCGCGUAAGUGACGGUCCACUCCUACUCAAUUAUACAGAUGUGUCUAUGUGCAUCACAUCUAGCUGUUAUGAAGGCGAGGAAAAACAUCAUGCGAGGUUAAGUAUAUCUCUGUCGCUCAGAAGUCAGCAUGAUACUAGGAUUUUUGACGGGGGUAUGUAGUACUCGGAAAGUCUCGCGCUGUUCCAGCGUUGCUCUGGCUACCUUUGCGCAACCUAUACCACAGGUUUAAAAUGUAAAUAUCCUACGAAGUACCUAUACGCAACUAUGGAUAUCUUGCACUCACUUGCAAUCCAUCGAUACCUGGUAUAACACGGAAAAAGAUGUCAUUACUAUUAAAUAUCCUUGACCUG